AUGUCUCACGAAUCUGUCUGGUACUCGCGUCCUCGCACCUACGGCAAGGGCAGCAGAGAAUGCCGCGUUUGCACCCACACCGCCGGUCUCAUCCGCAAGUACGGCCUGAACAUCUGCCGUCAGUGCUUCCGUGAGAAGUCCACCGACAUUGGUUUCAUCAAGCACCGCUAA